CUCUCUUUACAUCAUCUACACCACAAUCCUUUCUCUCUCUCUCUCUCUCUCUCUCUCAAUCUCUUUCGAGUUUUCUCACCGAUCUAUCGAAGAAGCUUCUCGAGCUUUUCUCUUCUUCUCUGUGGAGAGAUUCAACAACCGAUUCUCCUUGAGCUGCGUAAUCGAUAAACCGGAAGAUGGGGCCCAGUAGGACGUCAAAGAGUGUGUACAAACGUUCCAACAAAGAACCUUCUCCUGAGAAAGAGUUAAGGAACUCUAGCAAAACCAAGCCAAGAAAGAAGAGAUUGACUGAUAAGCUGGGACCUCAGUGGGCGAAAGUAGAGCUUGAGCGUUUCUAUGACGCGUAUCGGAAACAUGGCAGAGACUGGAAAAAGGUAGCUGCUGCAGUGAGGAAUAACCGGUCUGUUGACAUGGUGGAAGCUCUUUUUAAUAUGAAUCGGGCAUAUUUAUCUCUGCCCGAGGGAACUGCUUCUGUCGUUGGCCUCAUUGCAAUGAUGACUGAUCAUUACAGCGUCAUAGAGGAGAGCGAAAGUGAAGAAGAAGAAGAAGGCCAUGGUGCUUCUGGAGUAUCGGUUAAAUAUCAGAAGCGCAAACUUGCUAAACUUUCGUCGAUUGAUUUUCGACAAGAAGUUAUUCCACCACAUUCAGUUGCAUCAGCGGAAGGCUGCCUCCCAUUUCUGAAGCUGACACAAGCUUAUGGAAUAGAGCGACGUGCCGCUGGUAAACGUACACCUCGGUUUCCUGUACCAAGUGAAUACGAGAGGGAAGAGAGAGAAGGUUGUAUGCCACCAAGUAAAAGAGCCAAGAAGCAACUUGAGGCCCAUGACGAUGAUACACUAGCGCUAGCAAUGGCAAAUGCAGUGAGAAGAGGAGAAGGAUCACCAUAUAGAAGAGCAGAAGUCAAUGGCAGCACUUCAAAUGGAAAAAUGUCACAAGCAAAGGAAGCUCAAUCCAAGCACGGUGCAAGCUCCAUGGUUAGGAAUGUGGUGAGAAUAAGCCGAGACAGAAGGCAUAUAAAGGCAGCGCCUGGUGGAGCUUUGUUGGUGAAUACGGAAGGGGCUGGUACCGUGGAGAAGGGGAAAAAUGUGAGAUUCGAAGAAGCAGAAGGAGCUGCUUCUAAUGACAGCGGAGAAGCAGGCAGUGCCAAUGAGGGAUUCAAAUCUGGAGAUGAAUUUGAAGCUCUGCAAGCAUUGGCUGCAUUGUCAGGUUUACUGUCUCCUGACGAGUUGAAGGAAUCAGAAUCAAAUCCACAGUUGAAAGAAGACAGAAUAGGUAAUAACGUGGAUGAGAAACCUAACACUCCGGAAACCUUUGUCAGAAGCUAUCACAGACGAAAAUCAAAACAAGCAGCACCAGAAGAUAGUCUUAUCCUUCCAGUUUCACCUGCUGAUGCUAAUGCUGUUUCCAUAGGGGAACCUGGCACUUCAAAAAGAAAACGUAAAACUCUACAUGAUAAGGAAUCGGCUGAAGAUGAUAAUUUGAAGACUAUGUUCAAAGCGAGACGUGCUGAUCAAAGUCCACCAAAGCGGCUGAAAACUGCAAAAACCGCGGAAGAAUCUUCUUCACCUAGUGAUAAGAAAAUAACUGAACCGGAUGCAGUAGUGUCAGCUACACAAGUUUCAGGUCCGGGUCCAGCGAGUUUGCGGCAGAGACCACCAAACAGGCGUAAGAUGAGUUUGAAGAAGAGUUUACGAGAGAGAGCUAAAAUUUCUGAAACCACUCAUGAGAAGCCACAUAGUUGCAAGAAAGAGUUAUUAAAGGAGCAAGUCUCGACUUGUCUGUCGUGUCCAUUGGUACGUCGAAGGUGCAUAUAUGAAUGGUUCUACAGUGCAAUUGACUACCCCUGGUUUGCAAAGAUGGAGUUCAUUGAUUUUCUAAAUCAUUUGGGGAUUGGUACUCCAAGACUUACUCGUCUUGAAUGGAGCGUCAUUAAAAGUUCUCUUGGUAGAACUCGGAGGUUCUCUGAGAAGUUCAUACAGGAAGAGCGGGACAAACUCAAACAGUAUCGUGAAUCUGCGAGAAAGCAUUACACAGAGCUACGCACAGGUGCAAGGGAAGAGCUUCCUAGAGAUUUUGCUCAGCCUUUAUCAGUGGGGAACAGAGUCAUUGCCAUCCAUCCUAAAACACGUGAAGUUCGUGAUGGCAAGAUUCUUGCUGUUGAUCAUAACAAGUGCAACGUUCUGUUUGAUGACUUGGGCGUCGACUCAGUUAUGGACAUUGAUAUCAUGCCUUUAAAUCCGUUGGAAUACAUGCCAUACGGUCUGAUGAGGCAAAUCGAAAGCAAAGAAGUAGAGCUUAACAGACACCCAAGCUCUGAUAAAUCUGCUCUGUUCCCUCCUCAUGUACUUGAAAAUAUCGACUUUUCCAUGCUUCCUCCUGAGAAACAGAAUGAUAGGGACAAGCGAGUCAAAACUGAUCAAUCAUAUAACAUAGCUAAUGACAACGCAAGACAAGGUGAAAAUCAACGAGCUCUGAUGUUGGAGUAUGCUUCAGAUGCAGAGGAAAUGGAGCCAGAAAUGCUUGGAAUAGUUAGUGGUUCAAGGUCAAUAGCACAAGCAAUGGUGGAUGCAGCUAUGAAGGCUGCAUCUUUGGUAAAGGAUGACAAAGACAAAAGGAAUGUGGUUCUACAAGCUUUAGACUCAAUGGAUGAACAUCAUCAGGCAUUAAAUUACUCCGUAGUGUCUGGUAUAAAGCAUCAAGACCAAACCAAUGGCAGCUUUGAGCAUCAUCAUCAAAGCUGGUCUCCCUCAAACACUGAAGGUUUGAUGGCUUCAGAGCUUAUCGCCUCUUGUCUUUCAACUUGGCUCAUGAUUCAGAGGUGCACAGAGAAGCAGUACCCACCAGCUGAUGUAGCUCAGGUGAUGGAGAUAGCAGUGAGAAGCUUGGAGCCAAGGUGUCCCCAGAACAUGCCCAUCUACAGAGAUAUUCAGACUUGCAUGGGGUGGAUCACGAAUCAAAUCAUGUUUCUUGUAAAAACAUGAAAAUUUAACUUUUGAGUUCUUUAUUUGUACUGUCUGGAUGGAUGGUAGAUGUUAGUUUAGUUUUAGUUAGGUAAUAACUGAACAGUUAUUCUUUUAUUGGGUCAGUUCGGGUUUCAAAAGCCUUUGAAAUAAAAUUCAC